AUGGAUGCUUUGAAGAUUAAACUGGCCGAAUGCGAAGGGACGAUAGCGGCGUUACGGUUAGAAAUUGCGAGCGUUCGAGGAAAACUCGAUAAGAAAUCGAAAGCGGCGAGUAGUAGCGACGACGAUAUCUCUUCGUCAAACGCGUUGAGCAAACUCGCGCAGUUGGCCGGAAGCGCCGCCGGUUCCGCCGGGUUCGGGAGUGGCUUUAACUCGAGAGAUUAUCUCCUCGGCGUGGUAAGUGGGAUGGCACUCCUUGGCGUAUUAGUGAGUGUGAACCAUCAUCGCAGUGGCGGGACGGUUUCGUUGCGUUGGUUCGGGGAGACCGUGAGCGCUUUAUUGAAAACAUCCACGACGUCUUCCGCCAAGUAA